AGUGCGGCUCUGUCAGGAAUGUUAAGAUCUCGUGUACUCACAGUGUGAGCGCACCGGGUCACCUCAAAGUCAUUUAGCUUUUAAACGCAGCAGAACAUUUAAACAGCUGAAAUAAAUAUACUAAGGAUGGCCUCGGAUUGUCACUUCAUGGACUCCAUAUCCAAGGAGGAAGAGGACGAGGAGGAAUUUGAUCAGAUGUUGAAGCAGAUCGGUGGAAAGGGGAAUAUUUAUUUAGUAGGAGACGCAGAUGGAGAAAACAACUGCAGCCUUUUCCAGGAGUUUAUCAUGGACAUGUUUCACACAGAGGUGCACAUCAAGAGGGGCAAAAACGCAAACCUCGGCAACGGGGACCUCAAAUCUGCCGCUGCGAGAAACGGUCCUGUUUCUGAUGGGACUCAAGGAAAAGGCGCAAAUAACGCAGACGUGGACGAGAAACGCGUCCCACACAAGUGCAACAAUCCCGGAUAUUCCAGGCGAGGGGUUCACUGCGCCGUCAUCAUCUUUAUUUUCACACACGGAUACAUUCAGAACAAGGUGAACCGUGUGUAUAUGGAGGAGAUCUUUAAGGAUGUAAAGGGUCGAGUGAAGAAAAAUCACGGAGUUCGUCAGGCAUUAGUGGGCCUCGUUCGAGCUGACGCUGAAAGCUCAGAGACCCACAAGUCUUUGACGGUCUUGGAAGACACAAUAAGAUCUGUGUUCAUAAAACAUCCACAUGACUCCAUAUGGACUGGCCAUUUUAUUCCUAAUGCAGCAGAAGGCAUAGAGAUCAUCAAGAAGAAUGUCUGCAAAGCUGUGAAUGUGUCUCAGAGCCCAGAUAAGCGACAUAUUUUCUGGCCAUUAUUGCAGUGCUGGGGCAGGAGAGGACAGAGAGAACAAGGUGAAAUGGCGAUACACACUCGGACACAGAAUGGUGAUCCCGAAAGCACAGAGGAAGGAAUUCCAUUACAGACGAAAUCCAGCUCACAGUCCUGACGUCAGGUUUACGAACAGACUGAAAGUGGCUACAUGACCUGUGAAAUGCAGAAAGCUGAAAUAUACCUGCUGUAUUUGUUUUAUUAACUGGCAUAAAUGUUGAAGGAGCAUUGGGAUAUGAAGUUUACUGAUAGAUGUUGCUGCUCUGUAGUCCUUCAGAAUAAAUUUUCAGGAUUUUCAAAGACUUUGCAAACUUUUUGUAUUUGAUGAUCAACAGAAAGGAUGUCGUUCCCCAAACUGUGCCUCUAUUAGUUAUAAAGGGAGUUAAUUAGAGUUUAAUUUUUAUAUUUGGAUUAAUCUGAAUUAAUUAUGUAAAUUUAGUCAGGUAAUAUAAACUAGAACAGUCUUAGAGUUUGAUGAUUAGAUUAAUAAAUGUAGAGUUUAAUUGUAUGGUAACAGACAUUACAUGUCAUUUCUUUUUUUUUUAUUCAAAUGUAUUAUUCUAUGUAACAUCUUUAACAACAA